CCCCUUUGUUCAGUCUAGCCGGUGGGUUGAGUCAGAGGGAAGGCUGUGCUUACCCAACAAACCCCACACCACUGUGGGAACACGGACAAGAGCGUAAAGAGACCACCGAGACUGUUUGCGUGAUACAUUUUGCAACCAAGACGAGCAGAAAAAAAAAGUUGGCUUUGAGUGUUGCUGAUGCUGCAUUUCGUUUUCGGAAACAGUCGGGGACGUGUGUGUGCUCAGUGAUCGGCUGCUAAGACAGAGAUACAUGUCGAGGAGACAUCGUCGCCCAGCUCUCAUCCUGACAGAAAUGAACCCAUCACCGGUGCGCUCCUCCUGCUCCUCCUGCUCCUGCUCCGGCUGCUGACACUGUGCAGUUGUUGCCAUCAUCCGCUGAUCCACGCUGACUCUCCCUUUCAGUUUCUGCUCAGCAUCCAUAUUUGCAUCCCAGGGAGUGGCAACCACUAAUCCCCCCCUUUUCGCCUGGGAAGAAAAUUGAAAGUUCACCGGCUUCAUCGGACGCGCUAUUUCCCCCCCACCCAGAAAGCUGAACAUGGAGAGUGACAGCUGCCACUCCCACAUCUAGUGCCUGAUCCAGACGCCUUCAUCACCCGGGGAGGAGCUCUCAGGUCCUGGCCGUCUUCCCCUGCCUCUCUGAGAAUGAAUAUGCUGAAGUCCAGUGGACUGAAGAUCCCCGGCCGGGGGCCCAAACAUUCCAGCCCAGUGGGAAGGACCUCAGCGGGCGGGACGUCCAGCCCUGUGGUCCCUAAAGACAACUGUCCACUGAAGCCCACCACACCGACUAAACUAACCGAAGAGGGCGACGAUGUUUUGGGGGACUACACGGUGGGCGAGCAGGUCUGGGUCAACGGGGUCAAACCAGGAGUCAUCGCCUACCUCGGGGAGACCCAGUUCGCCCCGGGACAGUGGGCCGGCGUGAUCCUGAACGACCUAGUUGGCAAGAACGACGGAUCAGUGGGCGGCGUGCGCUACUUCGAGUGCCAGCCGCUGCAGGGCAUCUUCACGCGGCCCUCCAAGCUCAACCGACAGCCGGUCGGGGAGGGGAGCGACAGCCUCUCCACCGAGUCGCUCUCUGCUCUGAAUCUGUCUCAUCUGGGCGGCGGCCCCCAGAGGGUGGUGGUACCGCUCAGAGAGGGGCUGCUUAACAGUGCAGUGAAGACCGGAAACGAGUCUGGGUCCAACAUGUCCGACAGCGGCUCUGUGAAGAAAGGAGGGGAUAAGGAUUUACGAAUCGGAGAUCGAGUUUUGGUGGGCGGCUCUAAGAUGGGAGUCAUACGCUACAUCGGGGAGACAGACUUUGCCAAGGGGGAGUGGUGUGGGGUCGAGCUGGACGAGCCCCUGGGGAAGAACGACGGAGCAGUAGCUGGUACAAGAUAUUUUCAGUGUCUUCAGAAGUUCGGCCUGUUCGCUCCGAUCCACAAAGUGAUCCGCAUCGGCUUCCCGUCCACCAGCCCGGCCAAGGCCAAGAAGAGCAAGCGGAUGGCCAUGGGGGUCUCCUCUCUGGCCCACAGCCCCAGCAGCUCCUCCAUCAGCUCCGUCAGCUCGGUGGCCUCCUCCGUGGGCGGACGCCCGAGCCGGACCGGACUGCUGACGGAGACGUCGUCGCGUUACGCCCGUAAGAUCUCGGGCACCACGGCCCUGCAGGAGGCGCUGAAGGAGAAGCAGCAGCACAUCGAGCAGCUGCUGGCCGAGAGGGACCUGGAGCGAGCCGAGAUGGCCAAAGCGACGAGCCGCAUCAGUGAGGUGGAGAAGGAGCUGAACAUCUUCAAGGCGCAGCACGUGCAGUACAUGACGGAGAAUGAAAGCACCCUGCAGCAGGUCAAAGCCAUGAUGGCCUCCACACAGAAAGACAAACUGGAGCUGGCCAAUCAGCUGGAGGAAGAGAAAAGGAAAGUGGAGGAUCUCCAGUUCAGAGUGGAGGAGGAAUCCAUCACCAAAGGAGACCUGGAGGGAAGAUGCUCUCAUGAUGCAGCAUCCUUGAGGUUGGGUAAGAGAACCAAGCAAACCACGGUUGAGGAGCAGAGUCGUAUCGUGCAGCUGGAGGAGGAGCUCGGCCUGCGGCGGGCCGAGAUCGAGAACCUGCAGACCAAACUGAGAGGAGCCGAUGCAAACUCGACGAACGGCGGUGAACUCGCCCCGGGGUCGGACGCCCAGCCGGAGACCCUCCACCAGCUGGCGUCGGAGAGCAGCGAGCUCAAAGAGAAGUAUGAGACGGCGGCGGCGGCAGCGAGCCGGCAGGAGGUAGAGGCGCUGAAGGCGGUGGUGGAGAAUAAGAACCAGGAGCUCAGUGAGAUGAAGCUGAAAGUCCAACAGGCCACCAAAGAGAACAUGGACAUGAUGGACACCUGGAAGGCUAAAUUUGACACUUUGGUGAGCGACCACCAGCGCUCCCUGGAGGAGCUGAAGGCCACGCUGAGCAGCGACCGUGCGGCUCCAGAAGGUCAGGAGCAGGAUGCCCAGGAGCUGAGGACCGCUCUGGAGAGCCUGAAGAUGGAGCACCAGCUGGAGGUGGAGAACCUCAAGGCCAAGCACAAGAUCGAAGCCGCCAUUCUCACCAAGGAGCGCGAAGACUUCUGCUCUCGACUGCAGGACGCCAAAGAGCAGCUGGCAGAGGGGAACCAGGCGUCGAGGGCCGAGCAGGAGGCCAAAGGCGGCAAACAGGCGCUGGACGUGGCCGCGGAUAAGCUGCAAAAGGCGGAGCAGAGGCUGGCGGAGAUGGAGAAGCGUCAGCUGGAGCGGGACAGGAGCACAGAGGAGCUGAGAGAGAGGCUGGAGCUGUCGGAGAAGAAGAUGAAGGACUACCAGGCUCUGCAGAAAGCUCAGGCCGAGAGCCAGGAGGAGAUCCAGAAACUGGAGGAGAAGCUGAGGGUGACGGCCAACCAGCUCCAGGCCAUCCAGGCCGACCGCUACACGUCCAACGAUGCAAAUGUGAUCGAAGAUAAUGAAAUAUCAGACGAGAAGAUGAAGCUAAAACAAAACAUCGAAGAAACGAUGGAGAAGUUGUUGAAAAGAGAAAAAGAAGUCUCCACUCUCACGUCCCAAGUCGAAGGCCUCAAAUCCCAGAUCGGAGCGCUGGAGAGCAAAGUCCGCUCGGGGGAUAAGAAAUCUGAGGCGCUGGCCCGGGAGAAUCUGCGCGUGGAGGCAGAGCUGGAGUCCAUGACCAAGAAGUCCCAUGAUGCAUCUGGGCAGCUGGUCCACAUCAGCCAGGAGCUGCUGAAGAAAGAGAGGAGUCUGAACGAGCUGAGAGUCUUACUCCUGGAAUCACAUCGUCACUCCCGAGACAUGGAGAAAGAUCUGACCCGAGAGGUGCACAAGGCCGAGUGGAAGGUCAAAGAGCAGAAACUUCAGGACGACAUCAAGACCCUGCGUGACAAACUGCUGCUCCUGGGUCGUGAACGGUCCUCCCCAGACCACCGGCGGUACUCCAUGCUCGACCCCUCCGCCCUGGACUCGGAGGUGAGCCGCCUCCGCCAGCGGCUGCUCAACACCGAGGACGCCCUGAGGAACGCGCUGGAACACAACCAGCAGGUCGACCAGCUGGUGCUGGCCAUGCGCAAGCAUCCAGAGAAAAGCCCGGCGCACGGUGCAAAUUCAGCCAAUGGGAUUCAUCAUCAGGAGGCGGACGGCACUCGAGAUGUUGGGUCAACACUGAUAUGAGCAGAAGAGACGAGAAUAAACCGGGACACGCAGAGACUCUCACGACGACGUUUCUCCUGAUUCUGAUGCAAAACGGACAACCUGAAGAAAAAAAUUCCCGUUUACACUUAAAAAACCAAAACAGCGACAUCUCUAUCCUGAGUGAAUUUAUGUGUUGUUGCAGAACGCUUUCUAUUAGCCAAUCAUGAAGACCGCUUAAAGUACUAUACAAAUACAAACAAGGACAUGGACAUGAAGAUUUAUUAUCGGUACAGCUCCUGCAGAGAAAAACAAAAUGGCGACUUGUGAUGCUUUACACUAGUUAGAAAGACCAAGCUGCCGGGAACUCUUGAGACAAUUCUGAAAUUUGGAUCCGAAGACUAAACACGACCGAUGGACAACGAGCUGGAGAAACUGGGUCUUUUCUCGUCUUUGUUUUUAUUUAUUACUUUUUUUUUUUUUUUUGCUCCUCAGCUUUUGUAACGAUACUUUAUGGAUGAGCUGUGUCGGCCUGUGAUACUCUGAGCGACUCUUUGAGGAUGAUACUGACGAGUUUUUUAACAGGGGGUUUGUCUCAUUGGUCACCUUUAAUAACACCUGAUCAGAGAAUUAGUGAUGAAGCCUUUAAGGCCCUGACACACCAAGGAGGUCGUCGGUGCAGUCGGUGAGAUGAAUCUCUCUGAUUGGCUGUUGGGAGGUUUCAUUUCUCUCCAGCUCUCCUCACAGGUUCAGGUUCUCCCCUUGAGCAUGUCUCUGUAGUCUCCAUGCUUUCACCCAUUAGUGCGGUUUCUCCUUAUUUGUCUCCUCCUCCUCUUCUUUUCUUUUUCCCACUAAAAGACCAAGAACUGACAACGCCAGCGCCAUUUUCUACUUUUUAUCAGACAUUAUUCUCCAUUAGUAGACGACCUAUAAUACGAGUGGUGACCGACAGCGGUGUGAAAAUGGUCUUCUCGUAUCAUAACAACGGACUACCGCCCCCUGCUGGCACGGAGAGGUAUUUCCUCUCACUGCAUGAGCAGAACGUACGUGGUGGUUGGCCGUCGGCUGUAGUCUUUGCGGUGUGUUCAAGUGCAACUUUUUUGGCCACUAGUUCGUUGCUGUCUGCUUGGUGUGUCAGGGCCUUUACAGUUAGCUCAGACCAGGGUUCAAGGUCCUGGUAAAAUGACCAUCCAGUAUUUAUACCAAUUUUCCCGUUUGGGGUCUCAUGGGGCUGGAGUUGAUCCCAGCUGUCAUUGGGCGAGAGGCGGGGUUACACCCUGGACUGCUCACCAGUCAAUCACAGGGCACCAGGAAAAUAUGUGGUAGUCAACGAUCCAGCCUGAGAGCUCAUUCAGUUCUCAAUUAUAUACCAACAACUGCUCGACAUAUUGUUCACAAAAUCCUCCACUAGCAGAGAGUCACAAGCUUUGACAUUUCAUCCACUAAAUCCUCUCUUCAGGUGUUGGAAAAGGUGACUGUCAGACCAAGCUCCUUAAGAAAACAGUCAGUCUUCAGCCUUUGCACAUCAGUGGACUCCCUGCUGGAGAUUAUUCCCUGGGAGGGAGGGGGGAGGGGCUGCUGAAUCAGCUCUAUGUCAUGUUACUGUAUGUUUAUAGGAUGAAUAUAGUGAAUCAUUCCAGACUUUUUUUGUGUUCUCUUUAAACCGUCUGACCCUCUACCGACACACCUCUUUACUCCAUCAGCUGUUUUUAUUUACAGUGUAACAUGACAGACUUUGAUGCACCAGUAUUAAUUCAUUAAUUCACAUAAGAUACAAACAACCGCAGCCCCCGCUUUGAGCCCAUUUUCAUGCUGUAUGAUAACGUCCUCUCUGACCUUUUUGUCGAGCUACUGAAGGGCUGUCACAGGAGCUAAAAAAAAAAGCCAAACUAUGGAUGUAAGAUGUUACGCUCAACAUCUGGAUUUUCCCAUUUAUACUGUAAGUCUUCCAAAUAUUUUUUUCUCCAUGUGUCUAAACGAGGACUUCCUGUUUGCAGAUUCUUUUGCUUUACAGGAGACAUCGCACCCGGGAGGUGAGCGGUGAGCGGCGGGGGAAAUAUGGGGUCUCCUGAGCAGAACAUGCAGGGGCUCGAGCUAAGAUAAAGCCUGCUUCUUCUUCUUUUUUUUCUUUUUUUUUUCUUUCCCCCACAUUGGAUAUUGUACAUGGCCUUUUUUCAGCUGGAGGGGGGUCGUACCCUUUGGAUUAUUGCUGCAAUGGUUUCGGAGAUUGAGUCAUUAAAUAUUAACAAUGUUGGCGAGG